AUGUCAGGCAUUAGUUUGAAAAUACAACCGCGGUUAAUAAGGGCAUUGGAAAACAAGACUUUUCCCCUUAUGACCGCAGAGCAAUUAAGGGUUUACGCCAGGUUAUUCGCGGAGAUGGUAAUCAAAGUCUCUAAUAACCGACUAGACGACGUAGACGACUGCGGUUGA